UCUGAUCGGCUGAAAUUAGGGUUCCACACUGUGCCCACUUCCUGGGAAGACUUUCAAAGUAAAAGUCCACUUUCCGGAUGUUGUGUUCCUGCAGAAUCGGAAACCAUGUUCUCAAUUUACUACAACUCCCAGGAGCCAUCGCGCGGCCAGCCUCCGUCACAGAAGAAGAAGAGGAUCCGCUGCAGCCGAAGAUGAUGAAGAGUAAACCUGAUGAGGAAGACUACUGGAACAGCUCCAAGUUCAAAGCUUUCACCUUCGAUGACGAGGACGACGAAUUCAGCAGACUGAAGGAGUCGAAGCGAGCGGUGAACAGCAUCCGAGGGCUGGUGGACGAGGACGAGGACGAGGACGAUGUGGAGAAAGUCAGCUGGAGCGGGGAGCCUGUUGGGAGUAUCUCCUGGUCGGUCGGAGAGACGGCAGCGUCCAAUCAGAGGGCAGAUAGAGAACCAGCCUUCCCCAAAAUCAACACUGACACACAGACGACUGGCAAGAGUCACUCAGGAUACUCUCUGAGUUCUCUGUUCAAAGCGCCCAGCGACUCGUCUGCCAGGCUCUACGCUCCGGAGCUCCGGAAACCUAAAUCUGAAUACAAGGACUAUGUCAGUGAUUGGUCGCCUGAGGAGACAGUUCACAGAAUGCAGCAAGGAAAGACGGUGUCUCUGGAGAAGUUUCGGUCUCUUCAGGACAAACUGCUGCUGUUGGAUUUCUCCGUCAGCGCUCACGAUGGAAACGUUAUCACGGCUAUCUUGAUUUAUUUGAAGAGGACUCUGAGUAAAGAGGUUUUGUUUCGGGAGCUGGAGUCCAGACAAACGGCUCUGAGACAUUUCAUCCACUAUCUGAGUGAAACCAGAGACCAGAAGCUGCUGCUGGAGCUUCUCAGGAGCCUGGGCCGGACCGAGGACAUGGUGCUGCUGCAGUACAAAGAGCACCUGGGCAUCGCAGACGAGAACAAGAGGCGGGACUUCCUGAAGAGCUGCCUCAGUCUGGCGUUUUCUCCCGAGGACUCGGCCCACGUUCAGGACCACUUCACCCUGUUGGAGCGACAGAUCGUCAUCGAGGCCGCAGACGGGCAGGCAGAGCGUGGAGGGAAGUCUGAGAUCUUCCAGAAGUUUCCCAGAAGAGCUUCGAUCCUCAACAUGCCGCUGAUCACCACCCUGUACUACUGCUGCUUCUACCACUACCACGAGCCGGAGGGGACGUUCAGCGGUCCACUGAACAUCCGUCACACCUUCAGGAUCUCAGAGAAGCAGUUCUUCGUGACGGCGCUGGCGGCGCGGGCGAAGCUGAAGGCGUGGUCGGACGUGGACGCUCUGUUCAGCUGCAGGAACUGGCUCGGCUUCACCAAGAAGAAAUCCCCUCUCAGCUUCCAUCGGGUCGUGGACGUCCUGCAGAAGAACUCCGCCCCCACACAGGUGCUGCAGGAGUACGUGGCCCUGGUGGACGACGCCCACACCCGGAUCGCUCUGGCCCAGAAACUGAAGUGUCACGACAUCGUCAUCAACACGUACCGGGACCUGAAGGACCGAAAGCUGUUGCUAGGAUACCGAGGGAAGGUGGAGAAAGGUUCGUCCGAGGAGACGAAGAUCAAAGAGCUGCUGGAGAACCCGCAAAUCCGCUGGAAGAACUGACCCCCCCCACACUGCAGAGACACCCCCCCCCCCCCCCGCCACACCACAGAGACGGACCGGUCUCAC